AUGAGGUGCGACGUGGGACGCUUAUCACCGCAGAGAGACGCAGAGCCGCUCGGUAACCCGCGGCUACGUGGGCCACCACUCGGAACGCAGCGCUCAGGGCCGGGCGUGACCAAACACGCGACCAGCAUGAUGCUUGGACUCAUCCUGACAGCAGCACUCAUGCUGGCAGCAGUAGUUAAUGGUGUGGAACACCGCAAACCUCUCAUCUCACUGAGAGACAUGGACUUCGUGGGCGAGGACAGGCAGUUGAAGACGAAACUGGGGCAGUGUAUGGCAGGGCUACACGCGUCGCUCGACUUGAGCGACCUCGAGAUAAAGAUGGCAGCUGAGCGAAGCCAAAGCGACACCAUGCUCCCAACAAAUGAUGUCGAGAUCAAGCCCGAUCUGCUGUCGCUCAAUCUUGGCCAUCAAAGGGUCAACAUCAGCAUGGACUACGCCGAACUAUUCAGUCUAGAAGACUCGAAAACCAAACCAUCCAACUUGUCCAACUCGCGACGUAAACUAUACGUAGUACUACCUCAACGAUAUCCUAAUUAUCAGUACCCCGAAAAUUACUUGAUCUGUUUAAGGAUUUUAGAAAUGAUGAAACAGACAGUGUACUCCGUACAGCACCAGCUCACAGAGGUUGACCCUUUAAUCAAGGCAUAUGAAAGUGAUGUCAGGUUCCGCAUGGGGUACAUCUUCGCCAGGUUGGACGAAUGGAAGGACGAAAUUCGCUCCCUGUUCUGGCCUGUCGAUCGAAAUAAGUUAUGGUCUACGAAGGCCUUCUUGUACUACUACGAGCGCAUCCUAGUCCUGAACAUCGAUGUGACCUACACCGUCGAGUACAUGAUCCACCUGCACACGGAGUACAUGAUGAAGAUGGAACAAAUCUUACCUAAGGCUGAACGGCAAAAGUUGAUUGAAGCGCAAAGAUUAAAAAAGGAAAUGGAAGAGUCCAAAACUACACCUCCUCCAUACUAG